AUUAUGCAGCUCCUAAGAACACGUAUCUGUACAAGGAUGACAUACUGAACUUCAGGGUCCGUGAUGACGAUGUCUGGGUCCUCACCUAUCCUAAAUGUGGCACCACGUGGACGCAGGAGAUGGUGUGGAUGAUCUGUCAUGACGCGGACUCCGCCCUCGCUCGCUCCGCCACCAUCAUGGAUCGAUUCCCGAUGCUCGACACACCAGAUGGCGCUGAGAUCUCUCGCCUCGCUGCGCGCGCUUCGCCACGAUACAUCAAGUCUCAUCUGCCGCUCUGUCUGCUCCCACGCGGACUCCUGCACUCAAAGGCUAAGAUUAUCUACACGGUGCGCAACCCCAAGGACACGUCCAUAUCGCUCUACAAGUUCUUUCAGAUGAUGGAGAUCAGACACAUGGAUAGCAGCUUCGAGGAUUUCAUGUUCUAUUUCACCGAGCAGACA